AUGCCCAUGCCGUUUCCAGCCACGAGCAGCAGUUCUUCCCUUGUUGACGUGAGUUCCCGCCUGAGCUCGUCAACUGCAACGGGAACGAAUGGUGCUCCGACUGCUCACCUAUCUCCGCCCCAGCUUUCUUCCGUUGAAGAAAUAAGAUCGCCACAUGCGCGGCUGCCCUUUGACAGUGUCGACGCCGAAGUAGAUGACCUGGUAAAUUACGAAUGGCUGAGGCUGCUCUCCACAUCGUCGUUUUCAUCAUCGUCUUGCGAUAACAGUACUUCAAACAGCACGAACGCAACAAAUUCCUCUUCUACAAACUGCACCUCGGCGGUAGUAGUAGCGACUACAAGUACAACCACAACAACUUCUACGACGCCAGUGCCUGCAGGGACCUCCACCGCCGGGGGUUCGGAUAAAGACGAGUUCGGUUUGUACUUUUACCUGUUCUUCGGCUUACUAGGCUUUCUCGCUUUGAUUUGCUGUGUCUGCGUCGUCUACAGCUGUUGCACGGGCUACUGCAGCGAAUUGCACAAGUGGCACGUGCGCUGGUUUUCGCGGACACCGGGGAGCAAGGUGGCGGCCGGCGAUCUGGACCACGGGCUCGGUACGGGAAACACGAAUGCAGAGAAUUUGAGGACGAGCCUACCGGUGGAGCAGCAGAGUAUCAAGAGCGGGGAAGAUUUCAACUUUGAUGCCUUUUUCUUCGCAGGUGCAGAUGAUGAGGGAACCACCUUUGGAGGGAAAAAAGAGAGCCGCGGCCGUGGCGUGGCCGGGAAAAAUAGAAGAGAAGAUGCAGGUGACCCGGACCAAGCAUCAAAUAGUGGCUCAGACAACCUUCAAGGAUACUACGACACCUGA